UAAAUAUUCUAAAAAUUUUCAAAAAGCACAAAGGCUAUAAUUAGGGCACGCUGAGCAGAGCAACACUGAGACAUCCAUUAGCCAUUGAAGAUGAAAAGAAUUUCUCUGCGAAAUGGCAAUGCUAUUCCCUUUAUCUCUUUCUUCCCUAAUUCACAUUCUGCUUCCGCAAUUACAGUGAGAGAUUAUUCUGAUAAAUCCAUUUCAGGAAAGGGUAAAGUUGGGUUAAACAGUAGCAAUUUUGACAAAGUAAAGAGUUUAGAUGAUGCUGUGAAUCUCUUCCGUCAAAUGGUUAGAAUGAAACCUCUUCCUUCACUUGUCCAUUUCUCUAAAUUGUUUAACAAUAUGAUAAGUAUGAAGUAUUACACUGCUGUCCUUUCCCUUUUUCGAGAAAUGCAGAAAUUGGGUAUCCCAAUUGAUGGGUUCAUCUUGACUGGUGUGAUUAAUAAUUAUUGUCUGAUGCAUUGUUCUGAUUGUGCAUUUUCGGUGUUACCCAUUUACUUGAAGAAUGGCAUUCCAUUUGAUGUUGUCACCUUUACCACUCUAAUUAGGGGAAUCUUUGCUGAAAAUAAGAUUAAAGAUGCAGUUGAAUUGUUCAAAAAAUUGGUGAGAGAGAAGAUUUGUGAGCCCAACGAAGUCAUGUAUGCAACCGUCAUGAAUGGGCUUAGCAAAAGGGGACAUACUGAGAAGACUUUAAGUUUGCUCCGUUUAAUGGAACAAGGGAACACUAAGCCCGACAUAUAUAUCUACAACAUUGUUAUAGAUUCCCUUUGCAAAGAUGGAAACUGUGAUGUUGCUAUCACUCUUUUGAACGAGAUGAAGCAGAGAGGCAUUCCUCCAAACAUAGUCACAUAUAAUUCAAUAAUUGAUGGUUUGUGUAGGAUUGGUCAGUGGGAAAAGGUUAAGAUUUUGUUAUCUGAGAUGGUGAACCUUAAUAUUUAUCCAAAUGUGCGCAGCUUCAAUAUACUAACAGAUGGACUAUGCAAAGAAGGGAAAGUUGAAGAUGCCGAGGAAGUAAUGAAACACAUGGUCGAAAAGGGUGUAGAGCCUAAUAUUAUCACCUACAGUGCGAUAAUGGAUGGGUAUUGUUUGCGUGGUCAACUAGAUAGAGCAAGAAGAAUUUUUGAUAUCUUGAUAGAGAAGGGCAUUGAGCCUAACAUUUUUAGCUAUAACAUACUAAUAAACGGAUAUUGUAAAAAAAAGAAUUUGGCUAAGGCCAUGCAAUUGUUUUGUGAAAUUUCUCAAAAGGGAUCAAAACUUGAUAUUGUUACCUACAAUACUAUCUUGAAAGGUCUGUUUGAAGUUGGAAGAACUCGUGAAGCAAAACAAAUUUACUCUGAGAUGCUAUCUGCGGGGACCGAGCCUGAUAUAUACACUCAUGUCAGUUUGCUCAAGGGUUAUUUUAAGUGCGGACUUGUUGAAGAAGCUAUGUCACUCUUUAAUAAGUUAGAAAGAAAGAGAGAAUAUACUGAUUUUGCAUUUUAUAAUGUUGUCAUUAAUGGAUUGUGCAAAAAUGGUAAACUCAACGAAGCACGUGCUGUUUUCAAGAAGCUUUCUUUUAUUGGAUUGCUCCCAGAUGUGAGAACAUACACCGUAAUGAUAAAUGGAUUUUGUCUUGAAGGGUUGUUUGACGAAGCUAAAGAUAUUCUAAGAAAAAUGGAAGACAGCGGUUGUUCUCCAAACAAUUUCACUUAUAAUGUUAUUUUGCAAGGAUUUCUCAGGUGCAACAAAAUUAGUGAAAUGGCUUCUUUUAUGAAGGAAAUGGCUGGAAGGGGUUUCUCAUUUGAUGCAACUACAGCUGAGUUUUUGGUAAACAUUGUAAGGGAGAAUCCUUCUGUCCUUGACAUGAUACCAGAGCUUCACUCGAAAAAUAAGAAGUGAAUAUCUCUUUUGUUUGGUUCAUUCGGCUACGCUAUCACUGUGAUACAGUUUCCUUUUUAUCCCUGCAAAAGAAAUGACACCCAAUGCAUUUGCCAAAUGUGAUGGCAAUUAGAACAUUGCUUGACCUUUCCAGACAUCAGUUUUGAUUUGAGAAAAAAAUGGUGACCAUACUGAUUUUCUUAAAAAAGAAAUAAUGGUUGAUGCACGGCAAGUUGCUAGUUUUGCACUGAGUUACAACAUGCUUUGUUUAUGUUAUUAUUUUUUCCGAGAAUCUAACUUGAUUUUUUGCAGGCUAGUGUUGGUCUUGACACUUUUACUAUGUGGCAUGUGCAUUUCCAGUAGUUUUGCAGUUUCCUGUUGGCUUGGAAAUCUUUUUUCCUAGUUUCUAACUUGGUGGUUUGAUCUUGUGUAACUUUACUAUUUGCUACAACUGUGCACAAUCUAGUGAAAAAUGAAAGCUCCAAAUUUAAGGCAGAUAAUUGGGGGUCUUUUGUAGAGAAUCAUAUAUUUUUUUGAAACUUGUAGUGAAUCAUAUCUCUGCGUGUGUUUCUAUGGAAUGACUAAAGUGCUGGUAUAAAUGGGAUCAAGAAGAUGCAGGUUAGAUAAUUGGGUUUUUUUUUGUAGAGAAUCAUAUCUUUUUUAAUGGUUUUCACAUUUUUAACGUUUGUUAAUUUAUUUGGAGGUUGAUGCAGGGCAAGUUACUAGUACGGGAAUGGUUGCACCAAGUUAUGUUCAGAAAGUUGCACCAUGUACGGGAAUGGUUGCACUGAAUUAGUAUCUUAAGGACUUCAGUUGUGACUUGCUUUUCUUAAACUCUUUUCUGCGAUGCAGCUGUCUCUAGGAUCAGACUUUAUGUACAACCAACCAUAUGUCUAGAGAUGUUACAUCAAGCUUUGGUUAUGAUUACAUCCUUCGGCAGUGUAGUCUCAGAGGGAAGAUUGAUUCCAAUGGAUGUGUUGCUGCUUUAUUGGAUGAGCGCUUGAACAUGGGUCUUAAUUUCAAUUUAG